GGGCGCUUUCCGAGGAAAUUCGGGACUCGAGUUUCCCGGGGAAGAGGCGCGGCCGGAGCCCGGCGAGGGUGGGCAGGGCAGGCGCAGGUGGACCCCGGCGGCCCCCGAGCCCCGCUGUGACCUUGUCCGCGGGGGAGGGGCUGGGCCGCUGCGGGGCAGCCGCGGCCGCCAGAGGGGGCAGCGGAGAAGAACUUGCUCAACUUGGAGGCGCGGGCUGGGGCGGCUCCGCGCCUCCGCGCCCGCCUCCCCGGCCUCCGCCUUCUCCCCUCCCGCGAGCCUCCUCCCCUGGGCCCUCCUCCCGUCCUUCCCGCUGCCGCCGGUCCCGGUGCGCGCCCAUCCCUGCCCACAGCCCCGCGCGUCCGCCGAGUCGCUGAGCCGCGGCUGCCGGACGGGACGGGACGGGCUGGGCUGGGCGCGCCCCCCGGGCCCCGCCGUGGGCAUGGGCGCGCUGGCCCGGGCGCUGCUGCUGCCUCUGCUGGCCCAGUGGCUCCUGCGCGCCGCCCCGGAGCUGGCCCCCGCGCCCUUCACGCUGCCCCUCCGGGUGGCCGCGGCCACGAACCGCGUAGUUGCGCCCACCCCGGAACCCGGGACCCCCGCCGAGCGCCGCGCCGACGGCCUGGCGCUCGCCCUGGAGCCUGCCCUGGAGUCCGCCGCGGGCGCCGCCAACUUCUUGGCCAUGGUGGACAACCUGCAGGGGGACUCUGGCCGCGGCUACUACCUGGAGAUGCUGAUCGGGACCCCCCCGCAGAAGCUACAGAUUCUCGUUGACACUGGAAGCAGUAACUUUGCCGUGGCAGGAGCCCCGCACUCCUACAUAGACACGUACUUUGACACAGAGAGGUCUAGCACAUACCGCUCCAAGGGCUUUGACGUCACUGUGAAGUACACACAAGGAAGCUGGACGGGCUUCGUUGGGGAAGACCUCGUCACCAUCCCCAAAGGCUUCAAUAGUUCUUUUCUUGUCAACAUUGCCACUAUUUUUGAAUCAGAGAAUUUCUUUUUGCCUGGGAUUAAAUGGAAUGGAAUACUUGGCCUAGCUUAUGCCACACUUGCCAAGCCAUCAAGUUCCCUGGAGACCUUCUUUGACUCCCUGGUGACACAAGCAAACAUCCCCAACGUUUUCUCCAUGCAGAUGUGUGGAGCCGGGUUGCCCGUUGCUGGAUCUGGGACCAACGGAGGUAGUCUUGUCCUGGGUGGAAUUGAACCAAGUUUGUAUAAAGGAGACAUCUGGUAUACCCCUAUUAAGGAGGAGUGGUACUACCAGAUAGAAAUUCUGAAACUGGAAAUUGGAGGCCAAAGCCUUAAUCUGGACUGCAGAGAGUAUAACGCAGACAAGGCCAUCGUGGACAGUGGUACCACGCUGCUGCGCCUGCCCCAGAAGGUGUUCGAUGCAGUGGUGGAAGCUGUGGCCCGCGCAUCUCUGAUUCCAGAAUUCUCUGAUGGCUUCUGGACUGGGUCCCAGCUGGCGUGCUGGACGAAUUCGGAAACACCUUGGUCUUACUUCCCUAAAAUCUCCAUCUACCUGAGAGACGAGAACUCCAGCAGGUCAUUCCGUAUCACAAUCCUGCCUCAGCUUUACAUUCAGCCCAUGAUGGGGGCCGGCCUGAAUUAUGAAUGUUACCGAUUCGGCAUUUCCCCUUCCACAAAUGCGCUGGUGAUCGGUGCCACGGUGAUGGAGGGCUUCUACGUCAUCUUCGACAGAACCCGGAAGAGGGUGGGCUUCGCAGCGAGCCCCUGUGCAGUGAUCAAAAUCUUCUCAAUAAAAUGGAUCAUGGGAUUGCUGAGAGAAUUAGAUGACAUCAUCCAUGUGAAACUUCAGUGCUUGGCACAUGGGAAAUGCUUACUGAGUGUGAGUCCUGAUAGUCACUAGGAGUAAAAAUACGCCAUGGAGCUUUGGAGUUGAAUUGCAAUUUUUCGACAGUUAAAGCAAAAUGAAUAAGGAAGAAAUUUCACAUAUAAGCUGUGUACAUUAAUUUGUCCUUAAAGCUGUCCUCAUUUUGCAAUAGGAAAUGAACACCUAUCACUGCGAUUUCUUGAAAUCCUAACAUAAUGAGACCAAGGAGCCCCUGUUUGUCGUGGGAUUCCUUUGAAAGAUGUGUGAGGGCGGCCUGCAACAUGACUCUGCAGUCUAGCUGAAGGGUUGGCAGGUCUUCAGAGAAACCAGGAGGGCACGAGAAAGUCAAGAGGAUAGAGAAACCCCAUAAGCUUGAAAAUGUCUUCAGAUUUCACAGUUUGCUUGAAACGGAGUGCUCACACCGCACACAGCUUAAUGGGAGGAUUGGGUAUUCCUGACUGACAGUCCAAGCCUGCAAGGCAAAGGCAAAUCACCGAAGUGGCCAUGAGAUUGAAUUGCUGGAGACAAGUGGAGGAAGAGCCUGAAUCAGAAAAGUGGCCAGGAGAAUUGCAGCCUUUCAAAAUAAGAUGUCAAGGGACUGGAAAAAAAAUAAAUAAAUAAAUAAAUUGGUACAUUGGAUUUGAAGUCAGGAGCAGAAUGGAAUUCCAAAGUUGUGCUGGUGAUAUGUGAAAGGAGAGAAAAAUUAAGUGUGAGGUCAAACAAGAAUCAAUGACAAGGAGGUAGAAUAGAAGAAAACUUGGGAAUCGAUACAGAAAUACAAGAUUACCAUGUGGUUGAAGGAAAGGGGGUUUUGUAGGAAUUUGAUGGAUAUGAGAUACUGUUGGAGGACAGGUGAGAGUGCUGGGCCAUCCUGGGAGCCUCAACUCAGACCUUCACUCUGAUCUCAAUCCAGGUGUAGAGCUGCCAGGAUGAGGUGCACAGGCCAAAUGCCAAGUGAUCACAGCUGAAUUAUUCUGGUCAGGAGAGAUUUCAGUUACUAUUUUUUAAUAUCUAAAACAUGGUCUUAAAACAGGACUCCUGGUAAAUAAAGCAGAUAAGGGAUGCUUCAUUAACUGGCUUUAGCAGAGUGGCAUUUCAGAAAAGUAAAGUAACAAUUGAGAGAAUAGAAAUAUUAAAAGGAAAGAUUGCACAUGGACUAUUAGGCCAAUUCAUAUUCUGUAUAAAUAAAAUCAUCCCAACCAGUGUAUGUAUAUGACACAUCGUGACAUGUCUUCAUAAAUAUCCACGCCGACGUAUCUCACUUUGCAUUUGUGAGCAGACUUGGAACCCUUCCCAUUGUCAUGUUUUUUAUCUUUGCUAUGAGUAAAUGUUUACGUUUUGCGUGUGCAGUAACUCUUUCAGCCUGUUCAGUUAUCAUUGAGUGAGACCUUUCUCUGUGGCAGCAAGCGGGACUGAAAUAUCACUGAAUUUCCUAACUGUGACUAUUCUACUUCUUUUUAACCAAGGGAAUCUAAGAGCUUAAGCAAUUUUGCCCACAAUUUCUGUUCUCUCGUUAAAUAUCAUUAAAGUAAAGGCUACUAUGGCAACAGCUGUUAGAGUGUCCACUUAAUACUGCAGAGUCUAAUAACCAUUUGUUUACUAAGUGAAUUACUGUUGAAAAGGGUGUAAUAUUAGGAGUCUCUAGGCAGGGCAACUUUUUUUCCCUGAAUUUCACUGUGAGUUAUUUGCUAGAUGCUCUUAUAUAUACUUUUUCUUCCUUUUAAAAAAAUGUAUUUGACGUUUUGGUACUUAAAUGUUAGAUUCUACCAGCCGUGGGAAAAUACGCUUAUAUAUGUCUCCUCUUCCAUGUGGAUUGUUUAGCCAUUAAAGUAAUUACUUUCCUCAGGGCUGCAAUUAAAGGCCCCAGACAGUGCUCGACAGAACCCUAAUAAAUGGAAUAGCUAUACUGCCUUUCUUUUUUUAAGUGUUUAUUUUUCAUUAUGGAAUGUCUAAGUAACAAAAAAACCUUAAGUUACAGAAAAUCAUAUACUAUGUGCAUUUAUGGAAUAUCUAGAUUUAAUAUUUUGUCAUAUUUUCUUUAAAAUUUGUCUUAGACAUAAA